GCAAAAAGAGGUGACCGGUUCUGAGGGUGAAGCCGAGUGUUUGUGUGUGCUUGUGUGAGUGUGUUGCGCGUCUGGCGGAGAGACUGCAGGAGCAGGAGCGAGGCUCACAACUUCCCUCCUCUCUGCGCCGCUGUGCCCUGUCGCUCCCCCCUGUCUUUCCCCGGGACACAGGCAGCUGGCGCGGUGAGAUGUGAAGAGGCUUGAAGUAUGGCAUGCAAGGAUGGUGUCUGCCAAGAAGAAGGAGAUGGUGACAGCGACGCACCCCGCUUUGAUUCGGACCCUCUUCUACUUUUUCUGUUUGGCGACUUGUGUAAAGAAAAUCUCUGGACAGACAAGGAAAGACGAAAGGAUCUAUCCGGAGAAUUUUACGCGCAUUUUGGACCGACUUCUGGACGGCUACGACAACAGGCUGCGACCCGGAUUCGGAGGUCCUGUGACUGAGGUCAAGACUGACAUUUAUGUGACAAGUUUUGGGCCUGUCUCAGAUGUUGAAAUGGAAUACACAAUGGAUGUGUUUUUUCGCCAAACAUGGGUGGAUAGGAGACUGAAAUAUGAGGGUCCCAUUGAGAUUUUGAGGCUGAACAACCUGAUGGUGACUAAGGUGUGGACACCAGACACAUUUUUCAGGAAUGGCAAGAAGUCAGUUGCUCACAACAUGACAGCCCCCAACAGGCUGUUCCGCAUCAUGAAGAAUGGCACCAUCCUUUACACCAUGAGGUUGACUAUUAGUGCUGAGUGUCCCAUGAAGCUGGUGGAUUUCCCCAUGGAUGGACAUGCAUGCCCCCUCAAGUUUGGAAGCUAUGCCUAUCCUAAAACAGAAAUGAUUUAUACUUGGACCAAAGGGCCUCAGCAUUCAGUGGAGGUUCCUCCUGAGUCCUCCAGCCUCGUUCAGUAUGACCUCAUCGGCCAAACAGUCUCCAGUGAAACCAUUAAAUCCAUCACAGGUGAAUAUGUGGUGAUGACGGUCUACUUCCACUUGAAACGUAAAAUGGGCUACUUCAUGAUUCAGACGUAUAUCCCCUGCAUAAUGACAGUAAUCCUCUCCCAAGUGUCCUUCUGGAUAAACAAAGAAUCAGUCCCGGCACGCACAGUUUUUGGCAUCACCACCGUCCUGACCAUGACGACACUCAGCAUCAGUGCUCGCCACUCCCUCCCCAAGGUUUCAUAUGCCACUGCGAUGGACUGGUUCAUUGCCGUCUGCUUCACCUUUGUCUUCUCUGCCCUCAUCGAGUUUGCCGCCGUCAACUACUUCACCAAUGCACAGAUUGAGCGGGCCAAAAAGAAGCCUGCCAAAUGUCCCCCGGUGCCCCAAACCACGCCUGUCAAGGUGAAGGACAUAGAGGAAGUGCUGCAGCAAAAUCUUGACACCAACGGUUCCCUGAGAAAGCGGAUGAAUUAUAUUUCCCAGCAAGAGUCGAGCAGUCAGCAGAGAACCCAGUCCACCACCAACAUUUCAGGACUGGGAAGAGGAAGGCCGCUGAGACCUUUGGCUAGCGGAGCCAAUGGCAGCUCCUCCACCUUAUCCCGCUCCAGCCCCAAGUCUGAGAGUCUGCUCAGCGUGGCCUCCUCCUCCGCCCAGCUGGUGAAGAGCACGCCUCAGGCAGCCCCCUCCACGCCAGAUGUAAUGGCGGGGACGCCGUGCAAGCAGGGAGCCAACUCCUCGUCCCUGCAGCAUCUGCUGGGGCCCAAGCUAGAGCGCAUCCAGAUGAUGGGGAACAAACUGGAGCCAAGGCAGACGCCAUGCUCUCAGCCCACCACUGCUGGUAUGGGUGGAACCAGUAAAAUUGACAAAUAUGCACGGAUCCUGUUCCCAGUGUCCUUUGGUGCAUUCAACAUGGUCUACUGGGUGGUUUACUUAUCAAAGGACACCAUGGUGGCUAAAGGUGGCUAGACUAUGAUCUAGCAGCAAGAUUGAUCAUAAUUUCUCUGAAGACAUGGGAGCCAAACAAGGAUUAGAAAAGUUUGCACCCAGUAAGAAGAAACUGUUGUUUUUGCCAAACAGAUAAAUGAGCCUGUCAAGCAUUUCCUUAUUCUGGAGAACUUAUUCAGAAUACAUUUCCUUUUUUUCUUCCUAAAGUCCUGGGACAGCAAGCAUGGGAACAAACGACUAAAUUAGAAAUGCCUGACUUAACAUAGCAAAAGAACACCUGCACACUGGAAUAUUCCACUGUCCUCUUUACAUUUCAUAUUGCCUCAUCUGACUAAGAAGGUCUUCAUCGGCUUCAAACGGCCUCAUGACCCCUGUUGGCCUGCACCCAAGAUAAAGCAGUGGAUUUAGUCAUUUUCCUAUUUUUGUACCCUGCAUCUGGCGAGAUGUUUGGAUGUGCGUGUUAUCAUCCUGAACUGAUCUGCACUGACAAUGUAAAUAUAUAUACAUUAUUAAAUUACAUUAUUAAAUUACACAGAUUUACAAUGAAUGAAAAAAAUGUGACUUCCAUUUGAAUAUUAAGGUUCAUCGUGUUGGUGUGCCUGCUGAUUUGAAGAUGAAAGAUCAAAUUAUCUGAGAGCACAAAGGAAUUCUGAUGGAGGAGGAGGGACUUAACGCUACAUAAUUCAUGGAUCCUGAACAAAUAUGUGUCAAACUAAAAAGAGAUAUAGAAAGUGAAGCUUUGGUCGUGACUUGAUUGUCGUCUCUUGUACUGAACAGUCUUGUAAAGCAUCCGGAUUAACUGAUCUGAAAAGCCCAAGAUGAAAUUUGGAGAUAAAUCAGAAGGAAAGUAGUAGACAAGCUGGCAACAGUAGGGUUUAAGCUUCUUUCCUGCCAUAACGGACUACAGACAAUGAUUGUGCAAGUGAUUAAAAAAAGAUUCAUAUGAGCAAACACAGGGAACAGAAAGUAAAGCUAUUUGCUAGCAGAUCACAGGCAGGAAAAGUGCAAGCAGGUUGUUCGUUUAGGGGAAAAACACAAGAGCCGAUGCCGUCAUCCACAUGUUUUUGACUCAUAUUGCACUAUUUCACUGGGGAAUCACCGUGACCCCUCAUGAGGCCCGGGGCACACAUAGAAUAGUGCUGCUACUAAAGCAGCAACACAGCCUCAACAAAGCAGACACAUUUGCAAGGCUUUUUCAUUAUUUUCUCAGGUACCAUAUCCUGCCAGUGUUAGCCAAUGUUCAUUGCAGCUGUUGUUCAUUUUGCCACCUAGCUUUAAGGUAAUCAGCUCGCUGCCAGCAUACAUCUCUGUUUAAAGUGUUUUCCGUAAAGAGAAUUUAACAUUG